ACAUUCGAAAUAAAUUCGAAUGUUUUUAACCUGAUCAAUCAAUCAAUCAAUCCAAAAACUCCACUCGAUUUCUUCAAAACCGAUUUUUCUCUCAAAUUUCUCAUUCAUUUUUUGAAUCAUCGUCUCAUUUUGUUCUCUAUCUGUUUUUUUGGAAAGAAUCAUCAUUAUCAAAAAGAAUGUAUCCAUCAAAUUCAUCAUCAUCAUCCGGUGUUACACAACUGGAAUUUAAUCAGGCAAUGUCCGAUUUUAAACAUAUGUUUCCCGAUAUGGAAGAAGAUAUUAUUGAAGCUAUAUUACGUGCCAAUAAUGGUGUUGUUGAUACAACUAUUGAUCAAUUAUUACAGAUUAAUAAUGAAACACAGGAGAAAAAGAAACGAAAUAAAAAAAUGGAACAAAAUAAACGUAAUCGACAAAUAACAUCAAUGAAUGAUGAUCCUGAAAUGGCACAAUAUUUAGAAGAUGAACGUUUUGCUAUAUUAUUACAAAAUGAAGAAUUUGUUCGUGAAUUACGAAUGAAUCAAGAUUUUAUGUCAACAUUAGAUGCUGAUAAUAAUAGUAGUAGUGGUGGCCAUUAUAGUGGAUCAAGCAAUACAACCGGUGUUGGUGGUGUUAAUGAUCAAACACAAGCAAGUAAUUUUCUUGAUUCCGAUGCUAUAUUCAAAGAACGAUUACGUAAUAUGGGAAAAUUAUCAAAGAAAAAAUUUACACAAAUUGCAAGAUUAUUUUCCGGUAGAAUGCGUAAAAAUUUUAAACAAUUAGAUAAUGGUGGUGGCGCUGGCGCUGGUGGUGGCACUUUAAGCACAGGAACUAAUCGUGAAAAUCAAUAUUUUUAUCAAGAUCUUAAUAAUGAAAAUUAUGAAGAUACAGCCUUACCAUCAUCAUCAUCAACUAGUAAUGAUCACCAUCAACAACAACAUCAUAACCAUCACCACCAUCAUCAUCAUCAUCAUUCACAUCAUAAUCAUCAGGAUCAUUCUUAACAUGUUCGGUUAUCGGCGCUUUGGAAAAACACAUUGAACUACAGCAAAUGGACGGCAAGAUAUAUGGUAGCGAACGU